AUGCGGGCACGGGGAGGCGGCGGCAGGAAAAUGGCAGCGGCGGCGGCGGGCGGCAGCGCGAGGUGGCGGGUGGCUCCGGCGCUGAUGCUGGCGGCGGCCGCAGCCGCUCUGGGCUUCCUCAGAGUAUCAGCACUUGAUGUGAAGACGCCAGAGGAGCUUUUUGUGGAGAAUGGGACAGAAGCAAGACUUCCAUGCACAUUUUCAUCCCGAGAUGUGAUCAGCAGCGCAGCGUCCAUCUCCUGGAGCUUCCAACCAGAGGGAGCAACAACCCCUAUAUCAUUCUUCUAUUACUCUCAAGGGAACGCGUACCCUGGGACGGACACGCCAUUUAAGAACAGAAUCAGUUGGGCUGGAGACCUUAACAAGAAAGAUGCAUCUGUCACCAUAGCAAAUGUGCAGUUCCGGGACAACGGCACUUACUUCUGCGAUGUCAAGAACCCACCUGACAUAGUUGUCAAGCCAGGAGAAAUCCGACUCAGAGUCGUGCAGAGAGACAAUCUGCCUGCGUUCCCCACUGGCAUGGUGGUAGCGAUAGCCAUUGGUGUGACUCUAGUUGUCUUGCUGCUCAUCGUGAUUAUCGUGUGUGUCGUCAGAAAGAAGAACUCUAAAAAGCAUUACUCUGGCUGCAGUACCUCUGAGAGCUUGAUGUCGCCGGUUAAGCAGGCUCCACGGAAGUCACCCUCCGACACAGAGGGUUUGGUAAACCACGUGCCCACCAGAUUGCACCAGGGCCCAGUCAUUUAUGCGCAAUUAGAUCACUCCGGUGGGCGACACAGUGACAAGAUUAACAAGUCGGAAUCCGUGGUUUAUGCUGACAUUCGGAAGAACUGAGGAGAUCUCACCGUAUCCAAAGCAAAACAAAAAUUCAAACUGGAAUGGCUUGAAUCAAAUGUGACCCAGAGAACUCACAUGUGGCCUUUGAUGCCUAGACUAGGACCAAUGCAUGUGAAUACAGAGAGUUAUAUGUGUGUUGUGUGUAAAUAGUCUAUUUAAUCGUACAGAAGUGAGACCAGUGUUGCAUGUUGAGAUGCAGUAAGAAUUCUGCUUAUAAAUGGCCAAUAUUCUUUUUUUGUAUCUAGGAUAAGGGGAGAAAAAGUGAAAAUACAUAACAUGGCAACUUUAAAGUAUUUUUUUGUCUCAAUCAUUAAUGGAGAAACGAGGAGGUGCUACGGGAUUCUAGAUUUACCUGAUCGUUUUUCAACAGGGUUUUCCUUUUUUGAAGGGAUGGAUAUGAGGAAGGUAGUUUCUAUAGGAUACUUCCUCUUCUCCAAUCUAUACAAAUUGACUGCCACCUCAUCUUAUACAAUUAGACCUCUUUGCUCAGAAAAACCCUCCCCAUCUGCAUGGGAGAAGGAAGAGCUAAGUUAUAAAGGAUCUGGUAAAUUUUAGCCAUUUGAAAUGUCUACCCUUCACCCCUUUAAAUGUAUGAGAACUUUACAUUUAUAUAAUGGUGACAUUGCUCAUAGAUUAAUAGAUUUUUACGGCCAGAAGGGACCAUUAUUAGCUCAUCUAAUCUGACCUCCUGUAUAUCACAGGCCAUAGAAUUUCAUAUAGUUACUCCUGUAUUGAGCCCAUAUAUUGUUAGAGCUUAAAGCCAGUCCCUUAGAACACAGGGACUGUGGCCCAGUGGGGUUUGUGCAGUGAAAAUAAAACCCAACUUUUCCUAAGUAAGCGAAGGGGGCAUCUAGGAAGCUUCCUAUCUGGGUAACUUGCUUCAGUUAGAUCCUGAUGUGCCCUUCCCUGGGACAACCUGCUUCCAGUGAAACCUGCUGGGUUGUUUGUCCACUUGUAGCAGGAAGCAGGGGCCCUUCUGGAGAGAGAUGACAUUGCACUUUGUGGAAAAGGAAAAGUGAUAAAACUUUACUUGCAAUAAUCUGCCUAUACUGUCUUUCCCUGAAGCUAGUUUAGAGUAAGGGGGAGAAGCGUGAUGAAUGGGACCAUCACAAGCCUGCUGCUAUAAGAGGACAGGGCCAUCCUUGGUUCCACUGUCACUGACUCUUACUAAAGUCCCAUCUCCUGUGAUCUGCUAGAACAGGAAAAAUUGAAUAAUGCAGAAAGCAUGCAGCCCCACCUGU